CCCACUCAUUUGACCGCGGAAGAAGACACAAGCGUGGCUGUCACAACCAUAGACAUUAAUGUAUGAAUGUCUAGUCACAACGAUUUUCAUUACAAAAACGGCGUUAAGAUCAACUGAAUGUAAGCCCGCGGGUGCUGCUAUUAGUGAGCUCUGCAAUGACGUAGUUUCUGGGUUUGUUAAAGAGCAUGAUGGAGCAAAGAGGAGCAGAGACGGGGAGCACAGCCUGCAGAGUUUUCACCUUUAAAGACGCGAAAUCCCCCCAGGAGAGUCUUAGUGUCUGCAUCCCUGAGUAGUCCAUUUAAACCAGUGGUAUCUGAAGUCAGUCCUCGAGCGACGGUGUCCUGCAGGUUUUAGACGUGUCCUUGCUCCAACGCAGCAUCUCGCCUUGUUCUGCACAGACCUUCUACUAGAUGUGAUGGAUCAGCAUCUCAAACAUGCAGGACACCAGCUCUCCAAACUGACUGCUGGUUGUAGGUUCUGGACCCCCAGUAUGGGAUGUACGUGUGGCCCUGUGCAGUGGUCCUGGCCCAGUAUCUGUGGUUCUACAGAGACCAGCUGAGAGGCAGGGCAGUGCUGGAGCUCGGAGCCGGUGUGAGUCUUCCUGGUGUGGUGGCUGCCCGCUGCGGCGCCGAGGUGAUCCUGUCCGACGGCUCAGACAAGCCAAUGUGUCUGGAGAACUGCAGGCGGAGCUGCGAGGCCAACGGCCUGCAGGACGUCACUGUGCUGGGCCUCAGCUGGGGGGACGUGUCCCCGGACCUCCUGCUGCUUCCUAAGCAAGACAUCGUCCUCGGCUCAGACGUCUUCUACGACCCUGAAGAUUUUGAAGACGUUCUCGUGACGUUUGUUUGUCUGCUGAGGAAAAACCCAAAAGCUCAGUUCUGGACUACCUACCAAGUGAGAAGCUCAGACUGGUCCAUCGAGGCUCUGCUCCACAGGUGGAAACUGGACUGUGUCACGGUCCCGCUGGCUGACUUUGAUGCAGAUCAACCCGAGCUGGCUGGGUCCACUCUGCCUGGCAACCACAGCAUCCAGAUGAUGAUACUUACCAGGAGGACAGAGGCUGAAUAACCCGCUGCAGGAAAUCCACGGAGGCUUCCUUAUCUCCUCACACUUCCCAUAACAAUAAGCUGCAGCAAACAGGAAGCUAAUCUGCUUGUUUCCUGAGUUAAAAACUUUUGAAAGCUGCUUCAUUAAUCAGAAUAUUAAGCGAGUGUUUGGUGAGAAUAUUGUGUGCAUUUUUCUAGUUCUGGCUCCCUUUAGCUGCAGGAUCUCAGUCUUCUCAGCUUUGUUGCUCAUAAGUCUGAGAUCUUCCUAGGACUGACCCAGAAAAGAAGAGACUCCUUAUUUACUCAGGAUCUGCAGCUGUGUUUCAUCCUGUGAGCAGUAGGGGGCAGUGUUUCACUGAUAACCAGCGCUCUUGUAUUCAUUGGUUUUAUUUACAUCAAUUCAGUUCAAUUCAGUUUAUUUAUAUAACGCCAAUUCACAACACAUGUUGUCUCAAGGCAGCAGAAGCUCGGACGAUGCUUCUCUCCAGAAAGGUGUCACAGGUAGACACAGAAACA